AAAAAAAAAAAAAAAAAAAAAAAAACGCGUCGUCUAUAACAAAAGCCCGUUAUACCGUCAAAGCCCCUAGACUGACUCGGACCAAAUUAGACUAACGCCGAUCCAAAUGUUACCUACGGCCAGGUCCGGAUUUUUGAGGAGGCGAGUUGAAUUGUGGAGAUAGGACUUAGCGGUCGUCUGGUCCGAUGUCGUUGCUGACCUGGAGAUUCGAACAACUCAAAAACUCCCCGCAUUCCACGAUGCGUCUAGUGCGUCUAGUGCAUCUACGAAGUAGUGCUUGUCUGACCACCACGAUCACCAGUGUUGAGAUUUAGCGUCAUGGCGAGCUUACAAAAGGCGAGCUUACAAAAUGCGAGGCGCACUGCUUAACUCCGGACUGCGAUGUGAUAUACACAAUGAAUGACGCUGGAUGAUGGCAAAUGGAACCAAACAUUGCAAUACUAUAUAUAUAACAGAUUUUUGCGGCAUCUCCAACAUUACUUUCAUCAUGAAGUUGAACACAUGAACCUUGGAGCAAAUGCGACACUCGCAGACGAUCCAACCACAGUAAAGCAGGACGCACACAGCAGCACGCACAGCAGCAACCAUGUCCCAGUCAUCCAACAAGACGCUGACGGCCAUCCCAACCACCCAAUUCACCACCCCGUCGCGCCCGCUCACCUUUCUCGUGACGGGCUGCUCCUCCGGCCUCGGCCUGGCCCUGUGCCGCGCCAUCCAGUCCGCAGGCCACGUCGUCGUGGCGACCAGCCGCAACCCAUCUCGGACGCCGGCCCUGGUCGCCGAGAUCGAGAGCGCAGGCGGCCGCUGGCUGGCUCUGGACGUCGACAGCCCCGACGCCGGCGGGAGGCUGGUCGAGGGCCUCGAGCAGGGCGGCACCGCCAUCGACGUCCUGAUCAACAACGCCGGCUGGUCGAUCCACCAGGCCGUGGAGCAGUUUGAGGAGGCCGAGGUGCGCGACCAGUUCGAGACGGUGUUUUUUGGGCCCUACAGGCUCGUCAGGGCGGUGCUGCCCCACAUGCGGAGGAGGCGCUUUGGCGUCGUGGUCAACGUCAGCUCGGGGGCUGGGCUGGAGGGCCGCGAGAGCAUGGGUGUCUAUGCUGGGGCCAAGGCGGCCAUGGAUGGCGUCUGCAAAGUCCUCGCCAAGGAAGUGGCCGACUUCAACGUGCGCGUGGUCACGGCCUACCUGGGCACCUUUGGCACCAACAUGGCCAACGCGGCGCGCACCGGGGCCGCCCCGCUGGCGGACGACUACCACGGCACCACGGUGCACGACAUGAUCGGCCUCAUGGCCGCCGGGACCUUGAAGGCGGCGGGCGACGCGGACAAGGCGGCCAAGGUCAUUGUCGACGUGGUUGUGGGCGCGGGCGUGGGCGAGGGCCGACAGGGCGAGACGGCGCUGCCGCUGGGGCCGGAUGUGCUGCCCAGGUUGGAGCUGGUCAGGGAUCGGCUGGGGCAUGCGCUCGAGGUUUUUGGAGCUGCGGCCGAGUCGACGAGGGCUGACUAGAUUCUGACGGUUGGGCUUGGGAGUUGUGUUUUUUUUUUCUUUUUUUUUUCUUGUUUGUUCCUUU